CAUAUUUACUGUUUAUAAAAUUUUGAAAAAAAACUCUAUUUUUAUAUUGGUUUCCUCAUAUGCCAUUACCACGAAAUUGAAUUAUGCCAGGCGAUUCAUACUCGUGAGUAUCUAGGCUUCCUCAGCAGUUUGGCCUAACUAAACCCAUAUUAAUUUUAAAGCCCUUGCCACGUGUGACUCAUUAGAAUAUUGCCUGCUUGAAGGAAAUUCCGAAAUGAAUUUCAUGCGAUAAACUAGGCUGAUAUUUCAAAUAAAAGUUAAAAAAAUUACGUUUCGUUCAAUUAUAGAAAUCAGCAUUAUUUAGAAAAUAAAAGAAACCUUGGUUUUUCCAUUUCCAUCUGCAACUCCAACCAAUUAACGAAUGCGUAAUUAAUCACAUGCUCCAAACCAUAUAAGAGUGUUUGCAAAUAAACCGCAAUAAUUUAUAUAUGCAUAUUCAUAAUGAACUCAGUGAUUCGCCGAUUUGUUUACUAUCAGUAACUAUCCAUCAUAAUUCUCAUAAAAAGUAACAACUCCGAACGAAAAUUCGAAAAAAAACAAAGCUAAACACUUUGCUAUAAAAGUGAAAUAUUUUCGUUUGCAAAUCAGUUAUCAAUCAGAUUUCGUUAACAAAGCAUUCAACGAUGAAAUACUUCGCACUUUUACUGGCCACCUUGAUCGGAGUGAGCCUUGCCUCACCUUACUCUCAGGCUUCAGGAGUCAUAGAAGAAGAUUGGCGCGGCAAUUUGCAACAGAACUCCGACUACUAUGUUAGCCAGAAUCCCGUCUCUUGGUUCGCUGCCAACUACUUCUGCUACUCCAACGGCUGGUCGCUGGUCGCACCCAAUAGCUUCACGUCUGACCUUCUGUUGAAAGGCUUCAUUGAACUAUUCGGUCUGACUCAAAAUAAUUACUGGACUGCUGGUAAUCGUUUGGCCAACGAGUCAACUUGGCUCUGGGGUCUUGACGGCAAGAACUUCUCCUUCACCAAUUGGGCUGUCAGCGAACCAGUGACCUCUGGUGAUUGCCUGUUAGUGCAAACUAAUACCACUGAUAUUUUAUGGGCCAACCAGGAUUGUGCUGUACAGAAUGACUUCAUCUGCCAGAAGACAGUUUCCACAAAUUAAUGUGGAACAAAAAUUGGACCCCGACGCGGAAAAAAUAUUUGCAAUGGCGCUUUUGAGAAUGUAUAUGUACUUGUAUAUGUGAUACAAAACAAAAAACAAAAAACGAUUAUAAAAAAAUAAAGCAGUAUAAAUUUAAA